AUGGCGUGUGCAUUUUCAUUACCAUCGCCAGAUGAAAAAACGUCAGUUGCCGUGAUAAACGAUGUAUACAUAUCUGAAUCAAAAGAUAUUGAAAAUUUUCGGGUUGAUGCUCGAAAACACUCAGUUAUUCCGUUAACGGCUCGAAAACCGUCUAUGCGCGAAAUAUGGCCAACAAAAUGCGAUUAUUUGAUAACAACAUUGGGGGGCCUCAUCGGACUAGGGAGUAUAUGGCGUUUUCCCUACUUGGCGUUUCAAAAUGGUGGAGCAGCAUUUGUUAUUCCAUAUGUGAUUAUUAGUUUACUAUGUGGUAUUCCUUUGCUCAUAAUGGAAACUGGCCUUGGACAGUUAUCACGGAGAGGACCGGUCGGCUGUUGGAAUUUUGCACCAGCAAUGAAAGGCAUUGGUAUUGCAUCUGUAUUUAUGUCCUUUUUUGGUGCAUUGUAUUAUUUUUCAAAUCACAGUGUGGUUGAAUCUGUUGAAAUAUUUUGGAGUAGUUUUGUGCUGAAUAUCUCACAAGAUUUAUGUGGUCUAUUAUCAUUUCAUUGGCCAAACGUUGCCUGUCUGUUUAUUGUAUGGUGUAUGAUCUACUUGUGUUUAUGGAAAGGUAUUAAACUCUCUAGUAAAGUUGCCAUGUUCACUGCGUUAUUUCCAUACGUACCAAUGAUUGCAUUGUUUAUCCGUGGUAUAACACUGGAUGGUUCAUGGUACGGACUACGUUAUUAUCUAGUACCUGAUGCCAAACGACUGUUAAACUCAAAAGCUUGGAGUCAAGCGGCCGGUCAUGUUUUGUGGGCAUACGCUAUCGGAUGGGGCUUCAUAUCUGUGAAAAACAAUGUAACGAUUGAACGCGUGUUAUCAAGUGGUCCAGGACUGGCAUUUAUUGUUUAUCCAAAAGCUAUUUCUUUGAUGCCUUGGGCACAUUUCUGGGCGAUUAUGUUUUUUACUAUGAUACUAUUUCUUGGAAUCGAUUCUCAAUUUGUUACAUGUGAGGCGGUGUUAACAGCCAUAACUGAUAAAUUAACUGAUUUACGUAUUCAAAAUAAAAUAAUACGUCGUGAAACAAUUGUAGCUGUUUAUGUACUGUUAUCGUUUGUAUGUGGUUUAUCAAUGUGUACGCGAGCCGGAUUUUACAUAUUUAUUAUAUUUGAUUCUUAUAUUUGUGGUGGAUUGCCAUUGUUAAUUAUAUGUAUUAUUGAAGUAUUCACCGUUCUCUUCUGUUACCAAAAAAGGUUUCAUACUUGGUUUGAAAAAUGGCCACCAGAUGAAUGGCCAGGAAAAUUGUUUGCAAUACACAUAAGUCUAACAGUAAAAAGAAAUAUGACAUAUAUUUGUGAUUUAUUAUGGUGUUUCCGUGGGAAUAACGCUUACAUAUGGGAAAAAGUACGUCGCACAUGUCUCUACAUGUGCCCAUUCGAUUCGCCAUAG